CACUGGCCCACAACCCUUGAGGCUGCAGCCGUUGUCAUGUCGAAGCACUGUAUAUCUGUCACUAGAAGGGCUACAGGAUGAUGGUGGAUUGAUUCACUGUCGACCUCCAAGCAAGAUCCGAGCAAAAACACUGGUCACUUACAUGUCGUUCACCCUUAAUAAGGCUGUGGGCAACCCUCAAUAUUUGCUUAAUCCAUCCCUUGGCCACGUUGCGCUUCACUUUAGCUAGACGAUUGCAAGUAUGUCCGCAAAGUCCAGGUCCAAAUCCUCCAAAUCCAGAGACCCUUACUACGCCGUCUCCCCACAAUGGAAGGAUGUCACACCAAUCCCUCUCAUCGACGGACCACCAGGCCAAAAAGACCCGGGACCGGCUCUCGCGACGAUUGCAUACUCUCCACGCUACAGCGAAGCCAUGUCAUACCUGCGAGCUGUCAUGGCCAUCAAUGAAAUGAGCCGCCGUGCACUCGAGUUGACCGAGGACAUCAUCGGCAUGAACCCGGCGCACUAUACCGUCUGGCUUUAUCGAGCCAAAAUCUUGAAGUCACUGUGGGAAGCCGAAGAGACGAGUGUCGAGGAGGGUGUUAUGCUAGAACUCGAUUGGCUAGAUGGCAUCAGUGAACGGACGUUGAAGAACUAUCAGAUUUGGCACCACCGCCAACACCUACUCUCGUUGCUCCCUUCGCUCCCGCCCAGCGAACCGGAAUUCCUAGCCCACAUCCUCUCGUUCGACUCCAAGAACUACCACGUCUGGACCUACCGCGCCUGGCUGUGCCGGCAGUUCCCGGACCCUCUCCUCAAUACCGACAUGGAACUCAACGCCAUCGACACGCUGCUCGCCGAAGACGUGCGCAACAACUCCGCCUGGAAUCAUCGGUACUUUGUCGUCUUCGGCGCCGAGGAAUUGCGCAUGCUCGAGUCACAGGGCGGCGGAAAUCGCAAGGACAUGCUCGCGUCCGGCAAUCUUGUGGUCGACGAGGACAUUGUCGAGCGCGAGAUCAACUACGCCAAGGACCGCAUCGCGUGGGCGCCGCAGAAUCCGAGUCCGUGGAAUUACCUCAAGGGCGUGGCGAAACGGGCGGGAAUCCCGCUCACGGAUUUCCAGGUUUAUUGCGAGACUUUCGUCGGCGGACGCGCUGCGGAUCUCAUGGGCGACCAGGUCAGGAGUAGUCAUGCCAUUGACUGGUUGGCCGAGAUUUAUGGCAUGGAUGGGAAUCUGGAGAGGAGCAGGGCCUGUCUGCGGGCGCUGGGGGACAAAUGGGAUCCCAUAAGGAGGAAGUAUUGGGAGUAUAGGGCGCGGCAGAUGGACGAGUGACUUGUUCAUGAUCGACCGUGCUUGCUAAGGAAGCUGUCAAAGCGACGGAGAGAUAUAUAUGGUGGGGCAUGUUAGGGAGCAAGUUUAGGACGACGAGAUGGGCGCCAUGGGUAGGGCUGCAAGGUGAUGCAUUGAAGCGAUGCAUGUGUCAUUGGUGAUUGUUCUCGUCUCUGUCUCGCCACCUCAAUGCUCGUGUUUGUCCGCUACUUUCCCUAUACCCCUAUGUCCCUGAACACGCGAAACGUCCCUCGCUUUCUGGUGUCAUACCAGUGAGAUGAAAGGGAGUUGGUUGAGUACGAGAAAGUUUUGUAAUUGGCACAGGCGUGAUGAACCGUCAACUUUCCACGGGGAGACUGCAAGCGGGGGAAGGCAGGUUAUGAACGAUCGAUGCCAGGCACCUUUGUCCAAAAUAAAUUAAUUCAUCAAAAGGCG